AUGAAAAUAUGUGGUGGCUCCUCUCCCUUGUCCGCCUGUUUCCACCCUUUCGCCACCGAUACACCGUCGUCUCUUCCAUCGCCAUCGUAUUUCUCCGGCGACCUCCCAAAUCCCACCACCACUUGCCACUACCACACUAACACCGGCGUUUUCUUCCUCUCCUGGUCUCAGUCUUUCCUCCGUCGCUCUCUCCACCUCCAUUACUACUCCUGCCACUCCGUAAAUUGCUAUCUCCAUUCUCCGGAUUGCUACCGCCACUCUGUUCCAUUCACUUUCCGACUAGAGAUCAAACCCUUGACCUUCUGGAGAAAACAUGGAUCCAAGAAAAUAUCUCGAAAACCGGAUAUUCGGGUCGUCUGGGACCUAACACAAGCAAGAUUUGGAUCAGGACCCGACCCGGAAUCCGGAUUUUACGUGGCUGUCAUCGUCUCCGGCGAGGUAGGUCUUCUCGUCGGAGAUUCUCUGAAACAGAGGCCGACGAGGCAAAUCGUGGUGUCGAGGAGAGAUAAUCUGUUUGGAAACAGAGUGUACAAUACGAAAAUCAAGAUUAAAGGUAAACUCAGUGAGAUUAGUAUACACAUUCAGGUUAACGACGAUGUUAGUCUCCGGUUUAGCGUAGACAACAAGAGUAUUUUGAAGAUUACGCAGCUUCAAUGGAAAUUCAGAGGAAACGCUAAGGUCGUGAUCGAUGGUGUGACUAUACAGAUAUCGUGGGAUGUGUACAGAUGGCUGUUUGGUGACAAGGAUAAGGUGAAUCCGGAUAAAGUCCCUGCAGUGUUCUUACUCCGGUUUGAGAACCAAGAAGUGGAAGGAAACGAUGUGUUGAUGAUGAAGAAACGCGAGCGAGACGACAUCGUUUUGCGGAAGGAGAACUCUCGAACGCCGUGGUUUUGGGCGUAUUCAUAUGGUCAUUGGUCUUCUUCUGUGAUGGAGUGGUCCACUUGUAAGGAGGAAGAUGAAAGGAGUUUUGGACAUAAGAGUUGGUUCUCUUUGAUUGUCUACGCUUGGAGGAAGUAA